AUGACGACGACUUCCAGCCCUUUGCUGCCUGACGUCGGAGCUGAACCUGCUGAUGGCCUUCCCGCCGGGGAUUUGCCACUUGCGGUGAUCCCUGCUCCUAUACCGCUUGCUGCUUAUCUCGUCAUAGACAUGCCACUCGAUGUUCAUCAUUCUUCGGACGCCGACCCUGACAUGGCGUUAUCAGCUGCACCUGCUCCCGCACACGACUUUGAGUUUGAUCAUGAGGUUGACGAUGAUUUUGACCCUGUCUUUCCCCCUGCCAUUGCACCCUUUGUUGAUGAUAUACCUAUUGCUGAUCAUCCUGUUGUUGACGCUCCUGUUGACGCUCCACUCUUGAUAGAGGAUCCUGUUGUUCCACCAUUUCCUGAUCCUGUGCCGGUGUUGUUCGACCGUGCACCUUUUGCUACUCAUGUAGAUCCACGUUACGCCGACACCCGUAACGAGUGGAUUGAUGACGAUGACGAUUACCCACCUUUUGACAUACCACCACCGCGUCCUGGAGAGGGGUCAUCCAGGCAGCCGCAUGUUCCUGUUCCACCCAUAUUGUCAUCCCCUUUUCCAUUCGCGUCUCAGUUUCCCACUGCUACACCACCUACUGCACCGUCCUUCACUCCGUCGAACAUUAUGCCACCAUCCUCAGACACAGGAGUUUCGGAAACCUUAGAUCCCAUGGCGAUCGUAUCAGAUGACGAGAUUCCGUCAGAGCGAGAUGUCUACUCCUCGGACACCACCAGCACUGACGACGACGAUUUCCAGCCGUUUGUGCUACCUGACGUCGGAGUUGAGCCUGCUGAUGGCCUUCCCACCGAGGUUUUACCACUUGCGGUGAUCCCUGCUCCUAUACCGCUUGCUGCUUAUCCAGUCAUAGACAUGCCACUCGAUGUUGUUUCUGACGAUGACGCCCCUGCAGAGGAGCUUCCUGCUGAUUCACCUGUCCCAGAUUCCUUUGAGUCUGUGGCAUCUGCAUCCUUACACACUCAGGGAGUGCAGCAUCACUCUUCAUACGCCGACCCUGACAUGGCGUUAUCAGCUGCACCUGCUCCCGCACACGACUUUGAGUUUGAUCACGAGGAUAUCGAGUUCAUUCACCUGGACCAGCCCCUAGAGUUGCCUGUAGCCCCUAUCGAUCCGUUGUUUGAUGAUCCAACUAAUUUUGAUAUGGAUUUUGUUGACCCGGAGCCUGUCGUGGCCCCAGAGCCUGUAGCUGCUCCUGACCUUGCAUUAGAGCAUGACCCUGUUCAUGAUGAUGCACCAGCCAUUGCACCCUUUGUUGAUGAUGUACCCGUUGCUGACGCUCCUGUUGACGUUCCACUCUUGAUAGAGGAUCCUGUUGUUGCACCAUUUCCUGAUCCUAUGCCGGUACUGUUCGACCGUGCACCUUUUGCUACUCAUGUAGAUCCACGUUACGCCGACACCCGUAACGGGUGGAUCGACGACGAUGACGAUUACCCACCAUUUGUGUUACCUGUUACACCUCCAGUAGCCCCCGUUUCAGCACCCACUGAUAUCCCACUGAUUCCCCCACACACCACAGAUGCUCAUCGCACAGAUCCUCCUGUUACGUUCCUUCAGGACAUACCGCCACGGCGUCCUGGAGAGGGGUCAUCUAGGCAGCCGCCUGUUUCUACUCCACCCAUGAUGUCAUCACCUUUUCCAUUCACAUCACAGUUUCCCCAUCAGGAGGCAUUGAGCCGUCGUAUACAGGAGUUGGAGAGAGCUCCACAACCACCUUGCCAUUGCCAGACCCCGUUUGCAGCAUCACACCCUCCGCGUCCACUUUCCCCCGACUCAGUCGCUCGCUUUUGGACUUCCGAGCAACAGGUAGCAUAUUUGCUGCGCGUCUGUCGUGCUUUAGAGCAGGACUGGUUACACAUGCGUCACCUGUAUUACUCUCAUUUUCCUCCUCCUCCUCCGACAUCAGCAUAUGCAUUUUGA